GCCAGAGUGCAGCGUGCCCAGUUCAAAUACGAUUUAAACUCGAAAUGGCAUCGGAAACAAAUACGGGUCCCAUGCUGGGUCAACGUCAUGUGCAGACUUUUCUGCUUUUCCUCUCAAUCGUCGUCAACUAUAUUGCCAAGUUUAACGCUGGUGUUGCUGUUGUCGCCAUGACCAAUGCCGAGAGCACAAAUCCCAAUUUUCCAGAGUACAACUGGAAUGAAAUGGAACGCUCUUAUAUUUUGUCCAGUUUCUUCUGGGGAUAUAUAAUGACUCAAUUUCUGGGCGGCUGGCUUUGCCGUCGCUAUGGCGCCAGACUCACAAUGUUUGUCUCCACCAUAGGAUCGGCACUGCUGGUGCUAUUAGUGCCCUUCUGUGUGUCCUGGGGUGGCUGGCAAGUUUACUGUGCGAUUCGUGUUUGCAUGGGCAUCUUCCAGGGCUUGAUGUUCCCAUGUGUGCAUGCUCAUCUGGCCAACUGGUGUCCAGUUUCGGAACGCAACAGAUUGGGCGCCUUGGCCAACACGGGCAUUGACUGCGGCACAUUGUUGGCCAUGUUUGUCAGUGGCCAGGUGGCUGCUUCCAGUAUGGGCUGGCCAGGUAUCUUCUACAUCUCAUGCGCGGUGGGAGUUCUCUGGUGUGUGGCCUGGUGGAUCUUUGGCGCUGAUACGCCCAAACAAUCCAGAUUUAUCAGCAAGGAGGAGCUAUAUUAUAUUGAGUCGUCUAUCAGUGAAAAUACUAAAGAGGAGGAUACUAAGGAAGUGCUUAAGAUACCAGUGCCCUGGAAGGCUAUUCUCACCUCGUUGCCCUUUUGGGCACUAUUUUUGGUACGUUGCACCCAAUCCUGGGGAUAUUCCACGCUGCAGGCUGAGAUUCCGGCUUAUAUGAAUGGAGUGCUGCUGAUGGAGAUGAAGAGCAAUGCUUUAUUCUCGGCCCUUCCCUAUUUGGCAUCCUGGAUCAUGGCCUUUGUCUAUGUAAUUGUGGCCGAUAUUUUGCUUACGAACGGCACUUUGACCAUCACCGGUAUAAGAAAGACCUUCAGCUCGGUGGCCUCCUGGUUGCCGGCCCUUAGUUUGAUUGGCCUCAGCUUUCUCGACAGCAAUCAAAAAACAUUAGCUAUUAUCCUGAUGACAGCCAGUGUGGGUAUUAAUGCCGGCGCCACCAUUGGCAGCGCCCUUAACACCAUCGAUCUGUCGCCAAAUCACGCGGGCAUCCUCAUGGGCAUCGUCAACACGGGAGCGAAUGUUGUGCCCAUACUGACGCCGCUGCUGGUAGGACUUAUAGUUAAAAAUGAGCAAGAUCGCGUAGAAUGGCAAGUGGUUUUCAUUAUAUCUGCCGUCAUUUUCUUUCUGGGCAAUCUGUUCUACAUUUGGUUUGGCAGAAUGGUGAAUCAGCCAUGGAAUGCCGCUGACUUUCUAGAGCAGCAUCAGGAAGGCCACAAUCAGGAAGCAGGACAAGCAGGAAAGGUAAACUCGAAAGCAUUGGAGGCUCGGCAAAAUGAGGGGCUAGAUUAAUGCGAACGAACAAAUGUCAAAACGGAAUAUUGUUGCAUUAAAUCAAUACAGCCAUAAUUCUCAGAGGUUGACAAGCGGAUGCAAUGGAAUCGUGGAGUGAUAACAAGAACUAAGCAGUGCUUAUCGUACUAAGUAGUACCAAUUAAGAUUUACUGACGGCUGGAUCGUUGUUAAUAACCAUAGAAAAACAAUAGUUAAUAAAUACUGCAGCUGUAUAAAUAUAAA